AUGUCUUACCGGAACGACUCGGAUAACUACGGCAGUGGAAACCAAAGCUCCGGCUUUGGUGGAAACGACUCCUAUGGAAGCUCAGACCGUCGUGGUAACGACUCUAGCUAUGGCAGCAACAACAACGACAGCUACGGUAGCAGCAACAACAACAGCUAUAGUAGCGGCAAUAAGUCUAGCUCUGGACGUGACAACGAUAGCUAUGGCAGCGGCAACAAUUCUUCAAGCUACGGUAGCAAGGACAACAGCGACAGCUACGGGAGCAGCAAGAAUGACAGCUACGGGAGCGGUAACAAAUCUAGCUCUGGUCGUGACAACGACAGCUAUGGCAGCGGCAACAAGUCUUCAAGCUACGGUAGCAAGGACAACAACGACAGCUAUGGCAGCGGCAACAAGUCUUCAAGCUACGGUAGCAAGGACAACAACGAUAGCUACGGAAGUAGCAACAAGUCUUCAAGCUACGGUAGCAAGGACAACAACGACAGCUAUGGCAGCGGCAACAAGUCUUCAAGCUACGGUAGCAAGGACAACAACGACAGCUAUGGCAGCGGCAACAAGUCUUCAAGCUACGAUAGCAAGGACAACAACGAUAGCUACGGAAGUAGCAACAAGUCUUCAAGCUACGGUAGCAAGGACAACAACGACAGCUAUGGCAGCGGCAACAAGUCUUCAAGCUACGGUAGCAAGGACAACAACGACAGCUAUGGCAGCGGCAACAAGUCUUCAAGCUACGAUAGCAAGGACAACAACGACAGCUAUGGCAGCGGCAACAAGUCUUCAAGCUACGGUAGCAAGGACAACAACGACAGCUAUGGCAGCGGCAACAAGUCUUCAAGCUACGAUAGCAAGGACAACAACGACAGCUAUGGCAGCGGCAACAAGUCUUCAAGCUACGGUAGCAAGGACAACAACGACAGCUAUGGCAGCGGCAACAAGUCUUCAAGCUACGGUAGCAAGGACAACAACGACAGCUAUGGCAGCGGCAACAAGUCUUCAAGCUACGAUAGCAAGGACAACAACGAUAGCUACGGAAGUAGCAACAAGUCUUCAAGCUACGGUAGCAAGGACAACAACGACAGCUAUGGCAGCGGCAACAAGUCUUCAAGCUACGGUAGCAAGGACAACAACGACAGCUAUGGCAGCGGCAACAAGUCUUCAAGCUACGAUAGCAAGGACAACAACGAUAGCUACGGAAGUAGCAACAAGUCUUCAAGCUACGGUAGCAAGGACAACAACGACAGCUAUGGCAGCGGCAACAAGUCUUCAAGCUACGGUAGCAAGGACAACAACGACAGCUAUGGCAGCGGCAACAAGUCUUCAAGCUACGAUAGCAAGGACAACAACGAUAGCUACGGAAGUAGCAACAAGUCUUCAAGCUACGGUAGCAAGGACAACAAUGACAGCUACGGGAGCGGCAACAAGUCUGCCUCUGGACGUGACAAUGAUCGCUAUGGCAGCGGCAACAACGACAGCUAUGGCAGCAGCAACAAUGACAACAGCUAUGGUAGUAGCAACACUGAUAGCUACGGCAGCCGGUCGAGUGGUCGUGACUCGGAUCGCUAUGACAAUUAG